UUGGCAGCACAGCAUUAGACACAAAUAUGGCGUCGGAUGGUGACGCUGCCAGUGACGAUACAUCAUGGACGCUGGAGCUGGAGGCGGCGCUGAUGAGCGUGCCGGAGGGCGUGGACGUGCGCAGCAUCGCCAAGUGCCGGCCGCUGCCGGACGAGCUGCGCGGCUCCGCCUGGCUGGCCUGCCUCGACAUACAGCAGGACGUCGACGACGGUCUCAUGACCUUCACCAACAUAUACGACCUGCCCGAACAGACCGAGAUGCGCGAGGACAUCCAGCAGCUGGUCGAGCGGCUGGGGAACGACGAGGGUGACCGGGUCUCGGUAAUGUCGGACGUGGAGUCGGUGCUCACCCACUACUGCAAGUCACAGCGGGACACCUACCGGCGCGGCAACGGCUGGAUGGACCUGCUACAGCCGUUGGUGCCGCUUAAGCUCAACAAGCCAGAGCUCUACUUCACAUUCACCAACAUCCUGCAGCGAUACAUACCCAAAAACUGCAAGAAGGACGGAGAUCCAUAUCACCUGCUUCGGCUGCUGCUGCUGUACCAUGAGCCGGAGUUGUGUAACUUCCUGGAUACGAUCAAGGUCGCCCCCGAUACAUACACCACGGCCUGGUUCAACAGCCUUUUUGCGGCCACCUGUGACCUGAAGGCGCUUCGUGUCAUGUGGGACAUCUACUUUCAAAUGGACGACCCAUUCCUCAUCUUCUUUCUCAGUUUGGUCAUCCUCGUCAACGCGAAGGAGCAGAUCCUGGAGCUGAAGGGCAAGCCGCGCGCGCAGGUGGUCUCCACCGUCUCCUCGCUGCCCUGCUUCAUCCAGGCCGAGGACGUGCCAGACUUCUGCGAGCUCGCCAACUUCUACUCCAUGAGGACGCCCAAAUCGUUCCGGAGAAAGCUGUAUCCGUCGCUGUUCGGCGUGUGCGCGCCCCACUUGUCGUCGCUGCUGACGCCGACGGUGCCGCUGGCCCAGUCGCUCUGCCUGCCCGUCUACGUGGACGAGAUCCUCUCCAGCAUGGACAGUCGCGACGCGCCGGAGGGUCUGCCCGACACCGACACGGUGAAGUUUUUCCUGGUGGACUGCCGGCCGGCCGACCAGUACAACGCCGGCCACCUGUCCACGGCGUUCCACCUGGACUGCACGCUGAUGCUGAGCGAGCCGGCGGCGUUCGGCACGGCCGUGGCGGCGCUGCUGAGCGCCCAGCAGCAGGCCACGGCCGCCCGGCCCUCGGCCGCCGGCGAGCACCUCUGCUUCAUCGGCUCAGGUCGAGAAAAAGAGGAUCAGUUUUUGCACAUGGUGGUGGCUUCUUUUCUUCAGAAGCGUUCGCUUUACGUCAGCAAAGUGGAAGGAGGCUAUCAGGCGGUGCACGACAUGCUGUCGGAGAACCUGUCGGCGCUGGCCGACCACUCCGCGCGACAGUGCGUCGUCUGCACACCGGACGAGGCGGCGGCCGGCUCGGAUGGCGGCCGGCCGGCCUCCGAUGCCACUGCCGCCGCCGCCGCAAACAAGACCUCCCUCCUCGACCGGCUCGGCGCCCGCUGGAAGGUCAAGGGCCAACAGGUGAAGGAAAAGCUGGUGGACAUCAUCACGAACGCGUCGGCCGAGCAGCCUGAGCGGCACGUCAGCAGCCAGGACAAGGGCAAACGCUACCGCAACCUAGCGCCCGUGUUCUCGCUGGACGACGAGCAAGACGGCGACGAGCUGGAGGAGGUCGAAAUCGCUGACGAGUCCACCAUGGAGCUGGUGGAGGUGGCUGACUGGCUCCAGAAGCCCGAGGUGCUGCACCAGUUCAAAUGCCAGCACAUCAAGGACAGCCGCCUGGCGCACCCGAGCCUGCUGCUGGUGACGCCCACCCAGCUGCUGGUGCUGCGAGAGAUCGCCGGCAAGCCCGGCUGGGCGCACCUGGCCGUCAAGCGCUCGCUCACGUCCGUCGUCACCAUCACCAGCAAGAAGAAGCGGCCGGAACUCAUCACCUUCAAGUACGGCGUCAACGAGGGCGACAGCAUGACCGUCACGGACCUGGACAGGUUCUAUAUCCCGCGCGCCGGCGACGCCACCAAGGCCGUCAAGAUGGCCAUCAUCCAGCUGUCGUCGGAGGCGGAGGCGGAGGACGGAGGCGAGACGUGACGCGCCGCACCCGCCGCGGACCUGACGAGAGAGGGAGAGAGGGCGGGCCGGCGGACCGGCGCCCGAGCCGCCCUCUUCUGCCGACGACGGGAGCUGUGAGCGAAGCGGCGCGCUGGCCGGCUAGUGCCGGGCCGCGCCGGUGUGCGGCGCCACCGUCGGAGCCGGGCGCCGCCUCCGGUGUCCGGACUGGAGCGGGCGCCGCGCUGCGAGGCCGGGUCAGCCGGGCUGCAUUCCAUGUGAGGUCGCGCUGCAGGCAAAGCGGCGUGCUGUGUUCUGUGGAAGAAUGCCGGGGGUCAGCCGGUGGUGCGGCACAAGGAAGGCUAAGUUCCAAGUAUGGUGUGGAGCCAGGUGUCUGGAGUAUUUAUUCCGCUUGCAUUCAGUUAUGGGAGUUGAUCACCAUCGGCGCCUCUGAACACCCCAAUUAAGAAGAUUGCGAUAUUCGUAGACAUAGGUAACCAGUUACCAAGAAUACCGAAAUCCUUUUUUUUUGUCCGUGAAGAUCAUGUGAUAAUCAGACCACAGACAGUAUUGGUGAUGAUGGCAAUUAGUUGGUUGAUGCAAUAUGUAGUGCGGAAGAAAGCUGAUUUUUGCAUAAAAAGAUAUUGCUACCAUGAACACAUAAGCUUAUAUCUGGUAGUCGUACAUUCUUUUCUGCAAUAUUUGCCGGGUCGCCGUUCAUACCGUAAAGGCUGUUCUCAAUUCGCCAUUUCGAAACACCUGCCUUCCCGUAGAAAUGGACUGCCAGGGACGGUGUGCGUCGACGAAGAGUGGUCACUGUCGCAAACGUGACAUGCAUUUUCAAUUUACUGGAUGGCAUGAUCUUGUUAAUCCUGAUUGAAAACAAGCGACCCAGUGUCCGUGGCAGCGGUGAGAUGGUUUGUUUCUAGUCCCAGUCGUAGAGAGGCGCUUGUGACCGCGCCGAGUGAACGGCGGCGGUGGCGGCUGGCCCCGGUGUCCGUCCCGUCCCUGUUGCCGGGGCGCGCCGCGUGCUCUGGCGCUCC